GUUGCGAGCCGCUGGGCCUUGGCCGUCGAGUGGUGUCCGCAGCGUGGCAGCGCAGGGCAGCAUGAGGCGCCCGCUGCUCAGUGCCAGUUAGAUUGAUGUUGAAUAUGAACAAGGAUCUCAUGCACCAGGCGGUGGGUUAUCACGGGCCCACCUUGUUAUCCCUUUUGAAAAGUGAGCAAUAUGAGAACCCAGACAUUCAAAGCGUUUCGGCCGAGUUCUUGAAAACAGCGCUGCAUCACAGAAAGGAUAGAAGAAUUGAUAAUACUGGUAUACAGCAACUCAUCGCGAGAAAAGCAGACCUUCUGUUUGCUCCAUCGUGGAAAUCAACUCCCAGCACUGAACUGAAUGACGAAGAAACAGAAGAUUAUUAUGCAAUUAUGCCUCCUUUGGAACAGUUAAUGGAGGUUCCAAAUGAGGACAAAAGACAGUACUUCUUCCGUGAUAUUGAGCGUGGGGAUAUUGUGAUUGGACGAGUUGCAUCUAUUCGCGAAUUUGGGUUCUUUGUAACAUUAAUUUGUCUUGGAGGGGACCUUGUGCGGGACGUUGAAUCCUUGGAAAUAACUGCACUGUGUCCUGUGAGAGAUGUACCAUCACUUGGAAAACACGAAGACCCUUUGUCUUACUUUCAAGUAGGAGAUCUUGUAAGAGUUGUUGUAAAAGAUGUUGAUCGAUACCAUGAAAGACUUGCAGUAACUUUGCGCCCUUCAGUUCUUCCGUCUCGCCUUUCUCAUUGGAAAUUGGGUGUUAUUAGUAAUGAAGAUCUUCCUACAUACUACAGGCAGAAUUCAACGCUGGAUAGUCAUGUUAUGGAAACAUAUGACAACGUUUUGCACCAAACGCUUGGAUUUGCUAAUCCAUCAACAGUUGAAUAUUUAUUGGGCAAACUUGGAAUUAGUGAAAUUGAAUCAUCGUCUCUGAUGAGAGGAUUACAGAGUAAAAAUUUUAACGGAGAUGAUUAUGCUCCAGCCUUAAGGAAGAAACAAUCGGCAUCUUGGGCAUUCAAGUGUGUCAAAGCUGGGGUGGACCAUUUUAAAGCAGGACGUCAUGUAGAUGCCAUGAAUGAGUACAACAAAGCUCUAGAAAUAGACAGCAAUAAUGUUGAAGCACUUGUGGCUCGUGGUGCCCUUUAUGCAACAAAAGGAAGUCUAACCAAAGCAAUUUCUGACUUUGACUUGGCUCUGGAAACUUGUCCAACGCAUAGGAAUGCAAAGAAAUAUUUCUGUCAAACUUUAGUGGAAAGAGGAGGCCAGUUAGAAGAAGAAGAAAAGUUGGUGAAUGCUGAGAACUGCUAUAAAAAAGCCCUGAAUCUAGAUGAAACCUUCAGUGAGGCUGAGGAAGCUUUACAGAAGUUAAGAAAACACAUGCAGAAAUCACUUGAUGAAAAAAAAUCUAAAGAAAGUAGAGAAGAGGAGAAAAGAAUCGAGGUGUCAAGUGCAGAGAAAUUGCGUAAGCUGUUAAAAGAAGAAAAAAGCAAUUUUAUGAUCUGUACCUUUCCAUUUAGAAUGAAGAGAAAGAGAAAAAGGUCAACAUCUUCAUCUGAUUCGCCUGAAUCGUCAAUGUCUAGUUCUUCAUCCUCAUCUGAAUCUUCCAGGAAACACAAAUCAACUAAGAAGCGACAGAGAAAACGUUCAGGUUCCUCACGUAGUCAGAAGAGGCGUUUAAGUAAAGGUUCAUGUGAUGAGAAGAUUGAUCAUAUGCAUUCCGAUGAAAAGGAAUGGUACACUCCUCCAGCUGAUACUUCGGCUUCCUUUCUGAAUCAGAAACAGGAAGUAGCAAAGUUGCUGGAGAAAAAUGAAAGUUCAGUGGACCAAUGGUCAGAGAUCAUGGAGAAAAGAAGGUACCGUUCAAUUUCUUCGUCAUCAGUUGAAAUCUUAGAACCUCUUGAAGGUAGGUCUGAAGAUAACAGAAGCUCUUUAUAUAGUUCAAGAACACUUGAUAGUUAUCGUCAGCAUGACAAAAAGCACAAAGCAGAUAAAGACAAAAAAUCAAAUGAUGAAGGCAAGGUUUGGAAAUGGCAUCAAGAUUGUGAAUUCGGUCAUGAAAACAUCAGUAAAACAUGUGAAAAAAGUAAUAGGAGCUACUCCGAGUCUUCAUGGUCAGAAUAUUCACAUUUGUCAGAUGACAAAUACCAACGUGAGGGGAAAGUUUCUGGGUUAAUUAAUUCUAACAGCAAAGAUGACGGGUGUGAUUUUGGAAAGACUGGAGAUGAUAGAGAGGAGCAUGUACAUGAAAGGAGAUCCAAGGAUUGGAAAGAAGAAAAUGUACGUAGACAUUGCAGGGAUGGUAAAAGGGAGAAUUCUAAUGAAAACCCUCAAAAUCAUAACUCUGUAGCAGGGAAGGCUGUGAAAGGUGUGCCCCAAAACCUGCUGCAAAUAUUCAGUCAGAUUGCAGAGUUUGAGAAAGGGAAAGAAUCUGGAGCGGAAUGCAAGCAGAAAAAUAAAUAGGUGGGCACUGUGACAUUUCCAAUUUCCAAAAAUGCAUAUCCUUGUGAAAAGAGAUUGAACACGUUAAUGAUAAAAACGCCAAGUUGGAAUGGUGAAUUCACUUUGUUAUUAUGCUCUUACAUUAAAUAUGCAUUACCUGAUUUAUUUGGAUUACAUAGGUGAGUUAACUUAUUUACUGAAAGUUUGCUUAGGCCGUUGUUUCCAUAGUUGUUUAAUUAUUUCUUUGUUUACUUUGGCCGUGAUCACUAAGAAGAGGUUAGUAUUUGUCCACAUAUUUUCCUUUAAAUUGGUUUCAAAUAUGCAUUGUUAGUGUUGGAUUGAAUGUUAGGGUAUUAUGUAGAACAGGAACUGAGAAUGUGGAAGCACUGAGAGGAUCAAACUGUUUUUGUGGGGAGACAAGGGCAGAAGAAAUGUUAGGUCAGUGGUCCUUCUUCAUAACUGAACAAAUGGUAAACAAGCAUGUUAGAUUGCAAAGAGGUGGAGGGCAAUGUGCAUCUCUGUGAUAGACCAAAUUUGUCAGGGUUACAAUGACUAAAAUGUUGGAGAUAGAAGAGAAAAAGGAGAGAAGCAAAUUAAAAAAAAAAAGAUAAAAAAUGGUGGCUUUUUGAAAUUGUUAUGUUGUGUCUGAUAGUGACAUAUUUCAGUUUUACUAAGGGUAAGAUGAAGGCAGGCAUACUUUUAGACGUCACCACCUUCAACCUCAGUAUAGUGUGCAUCUCCCCCCACCCACUUUGGAUUCUUUGUUAUUAUUCUCGCAUUGGGGAGGAAGAUACGUAGCACAUUAGGGUAGUACAUUUGUCAGUUAUAAGGUGCAUUAGGUGGUACAUUUAUCGGCGGUAUAGUAAAUCGGCAAAUUUUGUGGUGGGGGUUUUGUUCAGAGACAUAUGACUUAACCCUAAUGCAAAAAAAACUAUUGCCAUUAAGAAAAAUAAUUACCAUUAAGAAAUUUGAUUUACUGCAAUCAGCCACAAUGGAUUUUAGACUAUUUAUGUCCACUAUAUAAAGCACAAGAAAGAUUUACUUAAGCCCUUGCUGAGUGAAAUGGGAGGAAUGAAGAGGGAAAGGGAAAAGAGUUAAAUGGAAAUUUUCUUUCCACGCAGGUCAGUGUCUUAAAAACAUUUUUAUUCGAUUAAUGUGCCUCUAAUUUUGGUUCUCAUAUUACACCUGUAACAGGCCCUGCAUACUGUACUGCUGCAUUCAGUUAAGCAAGUAAUUUGAAAUUGUCCUUUUCUCGGAGCAUGCGUAUUUCAAAGUACAUCAGUCCUAUUUGAUCCUUAAUUAAUAACAAGUGCAUUAUCAUUAAUUAAUAGUGUCACACUUGGCUAAGGAUGUAUGAACAUUGUAUUAAAAUAUUCCUGCAUAAUGCAGACUAUAUUGUGCCAUGCUAAAAGUUUACUUUCAUACAUGGACUGUUAAAUAAAAUAUGCACUGUGUGCUAAUGAUGACGGUCAUAUAAAA